GCGAGACCUCGAUAAAAGGGGGGGAGCAAAGAGAGCAUCGAAGAUGAGUUCGUCUCAUUUCUCUCUUAUUAUUAUUGUGAUAUUUGCCCUAUUAUUUCCAAUGGAUUCGGCUUCAGAUCCUGAACAUCGUCAAGAGCCCAUUUUGGGGGGGAUUCAGCAGAGGAGCACCGGAGAGAACAGCGCUGAGAUCGAGGAGCUCGCUCGCUUCGCUGUUGACGAGCACAACAAGAAGCAGAAUGCCCUUUUGGAAUUUUCUCGAGUGUUGAAGGCGAAGGAGCAGACGGUUGCAGGAAUUAUGCACUAUUUGACCGUGGAGGCCAUUGAAGCUGGGAAGAAGAAGAUCUACGAGGUGUUUGAUAUUUAUUCUAGUUUGGGCUAG